GCCGACCAGUACAGUUGGUUCCCGAGCCUCCACGGGGGGGAGAGCGCGCAGGCCCCCAGCGGCGUGGCCUUCUACCCGGCGCCCCGCGCAGAGAGCCUCUGCGGCGGCGGCGGCCGGGUGCUCAGCUGCCAGCAGACCGCGAUGCUGGGCAUGGACCGCUGCGUGAUCGCGGUGGAGCCGCUGCCAGGCGUCCUCUCCGCGACGGCGCUGCCCCGCCGCCCGAGCUGCGGCCACGACGCGGCCGAGGGCCCCGAGUGGCGCGUUGCGUACCGCACGGCGGGCUACUACGAGGUCACGUUGGAGCCCUUGCUCGGGAG